AUGAAAUGGGUUCGGAUAAACAAAGCCAAACAGAAUUUGAGUGCAGAGGAGAAGCGGAAAGCGGAGGAUAAGGAGAGAAAGAAGGCUGAAGUGAGAGCGCGUCUGGAAGAGGCCGCCAGAGCUAAGAAAGGAAAGAAGGGUUUUAUGACACCCGACAGGAAGAAGAAACUUAGGUCAUUAUUGAGGAAAAAAGCAGCGGAAGAGUUGAAACGCGAACAGGAGAGGAAGGCUGAGGAAAGGCGCAAAAUUAUCGGUCAGAGGACUGGUAGCAAAAAACCAACAGAAGGCGCAAAUGAG